UGAGAUCACAACCCGAGCUGGUAUCAACAGUCAGAUGCUUAACCACCGGAAUCACCCCGACAGAAAUACUUAAGUACAACCUGGCUUCACUCCCUCUAGCUAACUGUAGGCCAGUAGUUCUCAAAGUGUGGCCCUGACUGGCAGCAUGAGAAUGGCAGAGGGAAAUACAAAGUGUCCCAUUCUGCGUGCUGAAUCCAAAACGGGUGAUGGGGCCCUUCAGGUGAACAAAACCUCAGCCCCCGCGUGGUGCUGGAUGGGGUUCCUAUUUCUCCUGUUGAGUAUAGAGCUUCCUGGAUGGAAAAGGUCUGGUCUCCCCGAUGCGCCCCUUCCCAAACAUGGGGUGAUUAGGAGCGAGGGCUUGGGCCUGGUCCCUGCAAGCCUCCCCGCCAGCCUCAGCCUCGGCUCUGUGCGCCCCCCCCCCCGGGCCUCCAAGGCCCCACCUAACUUCUCCCCACAAGGCUGUGAGCAGGGGCUCCCGCCUCCCGCCUCCUGCAACCUCUGGGUCUAGAAACAGGUGUGAAAAAUGUGACUCUGGAGACAGCGUUUGGGGGAAGAGAACCUUCCAGGUGGAGGCAGUUAAGCGAGGAGGGAGGGCGGACAUGGGGCAGGCCCCCUGUCCACCCUCCUGGUACCCAUUAGUAAGUCACCCCCCUUCCUCCAGGCACUUGCAGCCCCUCACCAGGCCCCACUCAUCCCCCGGGCUGGGGGCCCCGGAGCAGAGCACAGCCUGUGCGGCCACCCACGCCACCCUGGAGUUGGCGCCCCACCGACAGGAAGUGUGUGGCCCUGGGGAGCCACUCCCCUUCCGGGGGUGGGGGGAGUGCGGCACAAACCAGGGAGGGUUAGCAGCUCUGCUAGAGGGGGGCGAGCUCUAGGCGGCAGAGCAGGGGAGAGAUGAGCAGUCUCCCUGGCCUUGGCCUUGGAAAUCACCGAAGUAAACCUCCCUCUAAGCGCCGCACCCCCCCCCCGCCCACCUCGCUGUGGGUCUGAGACCCCAAUGCAGGCACCGCCCCACCCCUGUUCUCGGGGUCCCCAGAAGGAGGGAAGGGAACCGGUUGCGCGCUGGCCAUUUAUUUUCUCAACAGCCCUGCGAUGACGGUGCCAGGUGCAGAAACUGAGGCCCAGAGCAGCCAGAUGAUGCCCUGGGGUCACUCAGCAAAUGAACCCGAGGGAAGGAUUUGAAUCCAACCCAAGAGCCCAGAGCCUGUGUCGCCCCCACCGUCUUUAUCGCGAGGCCUUGGCAGUGGCCUGCACCAUUGUGGCCGGCCUCCCGCCUGCCUCCGGGAUGGCGUGUGAUGGCCUGAAGUAAGACGUGUGCAAAGUGACCGACAGACACCGUGUGGGAGUUGUGAGUCUCCAGCUUUAAUCCCAGGGGAGAGAAGAGACACCCACUCCCCCGCCAGGGACCCCGCUCUGCAAAUCACCGACCCCUUCCCGGUGUCCCCGGGGGCCCCCAGGAAGGAACCAGGGCAUGUGUCCGUUUGCUGCAGAGCAUCGGCGUCCUGCAGCAGGACGAGUCCUGGGGGGGCCGGGGGGGGCCUUCCGUGGCCCCAUUUUCUCCAAGUGGAACCUGCCGCCCUGGCCGACGGCGGCGGGGCACCAACAUUGCGGGGGAGGCUGGAAUCUGACCCGGGCGCGGGGCCUCGUCUCCAUGGCAGCCGCGGCUUUAUUACUGGGGCCUCCGCCCAGCUUGGCGGACUUUCGACUCGGAGCCGCGGGGAGGAAAGGGACCGAGCAGGCGGCUGUGGGAGGCGGGAGGCCCGGGGGCGGCAGCCUGAGGCCCCGCGAUGGUGAGUAGGGGGCCCGUGUCGCCAAGUUUCUUUCCCAGGACCAAAUUAAUGAGUACAAGGAAUGCUUCUCCCUGUAUGACAAGCAGCAGCGGGGGAAGAUUAAAGCCACCGACCUCAUGGUGGUGAUGAGGUGCCUGGGGGCCAGCCCGACACCUGGAGAGGUACAGCGGCACCUGCUGACUCACGGGAUCGACAGAAACGGCGAGCUGGAUUUCUCCACCUUCCUGGCCGUCAUGCACACGCAGAUAAAGCAGGAGGAUCCAAAGAAAGAGAUCCUUUUGGCCAUGCUGAUGACGGACAAGGAGAAGAAAGGCUACAUCAUGGCGGCCGAGCUGCGGUCAAAACUCAUGACACUGGGGGAGAAGCUCACCCACAAGGAAGUGGAUGAUCUUUUCAGGGAAACAAAUAUCGAACCAGAUGGCAAAGUGAAGUACGAUGACUUUAUCAACAAGAUCACCAUCCCUGUGCGGGACUACUGAAGGCAGAGGAUGCGGGACAGCCUCCCCCAGGCCCGGGAAGUGCUGACUGAUGAGUUUUCUAAAAGAAAAGUGUUCCUGUCCCUCCGGGGAAAGGGUGGACACGAAUGACUUCAGCCAUGGCAUUAGCAAGUCUUUAAUAAAAAGAUUUGUACUGAUUUGAACAACUAC